UGCUACACUCUGUACUCAAAUAGGGCUUGGACUCGGUGGUAUCGUCAGGUCAAUAGGCCUGGAUUUCGGAACCCUUCGAUAGCUGCUCCCCCGUCCCGUGGCUGCCUACGUGGACAUGAACUGGGGUCGGGUUUUCGUGGUGGGAGUUAUCCUGCUCAUAGCGUUUGUCCCCAUCACCACACAGUACUUCAUUUUUGUCCCGUGGCUCACUUUCCACCCCGAGCGCUCCCUCUAUCUCUGGCUGGGAACCUUCAACCUCGGCGCGGCGUCUAUCAUCGUCAACUAUCUGCUAGGAGUGUUCACGGAUGCUGGGAGGGUUCCAAAGGACUAUGAGCCGCCAAAACCGUCGGCGGAGGGCAGCAAAGGGCUGAUGAAACCGAGGUGGUGCAAGACAUGCAAAGUUUUCAAACCGCCACGGAGUCAUCAUUGUAGCGUGUGCAAUCGAUGUGUUUUGCUGAUGGAUCAUCACUGCCCAUGGCUGAACAACUGCAUAGGACAUCGUAAUCAAGCAUACUUCCUGCGCUUUGUUGUCUCAGUGACUCUUACAGCCAUCAACUGCCUCGUCCUCAUGGCGUUGCGAAUAUGGGACAUCUACAGCUACCAAAAGCAGUUCGAGAAGGCACCUUACACCGCGGACUUCUACACCCCGCCCCCAGAAGGACCAGAGGUCGUCUUCAUGAUGACGAACCUCAUCAUCCUCUUCCUACUCCUCGUAACCGUGGGCAUCCUCUCCCUCUACCAACUCCACUACACCGCCUCAAACGUCACAACCAUAGAAAGCUUCGAAAAAAGCAAAAUAGAAGAGCUCACACGACAGGGCAAGAUCUCCCCCGACGACGUGAUCCCAUACCCUUACGACCUCGGCACCUACCGCAACUUCCAACGCGUCCUAGGCCCGCACUGGUACCUCUGGUGGCUCCCCCUCCCCGCCUACGGCGACGGCAUCCACCACCCUGUGAACGACGCCGCCCAACGCACGAAAGAAGAAACAGGCCUCCCCCUGCAAUGGCCGCCCAAAGCGUAUUUCAUCCACAGACGAUUCCCGCACGGCCGCCCAUCCCGCCGCGAACGGGAGGAAGAGAAACGGAGGGACAGGGAGAUGGGAUACUCCCGGCGGAACCAUGUACGGAGGGGCAGUGAGGGGUACCUCGUGCGACCCUGGACGGCGGAGGAGAGGGAGGAGGAGGUGCGGAGGGCAUUGGAGCGGGAUAGGUGGAUGGCGAAUAAUAAGCCGUUGGUGCAGUUGGAUGUUAAACUGCCGGUUGUACGGCCACACGAGGAGCAGGAGGAGGAGGAGGAGAGCGAACCUGAAUCGGUGGAGAGCACGGAUAGCGAUUCGACGGAUUGGUCGUUUGAGUCGUAUUCGGGGACUGAGAGCUCAUCUCAACAGGAUCAGGAUGAUGAUGGUGACGAGGAUGAGGAUGCACCGCUGGCCAAGGAGUUUACACCAACGCAUGUCAGGCACCGUAGGAAACCUGCGAGUGGGCGGCGGCGGCAACGGGAGCCGGAGGAGUAUGUGGAUGAUGGCGCGGUGGAUGCGGGGUGUACGGGGGAUGUGCAUCCGGUGGGGAAACCGGUUGCGCAUUGAUUUAGGGCUUCGUGAAUAUGGUAGGCGA